AGGACGGGUUGCAUUCUUCAGCAUGCCACCGGCCCCGACGAGAUCCAAUGUGGUGCCCGAAAUUGUCUGCGUGGUGAUUCUGUUCCUGCAUUCGCCUAUUAUCGGCUUUUCAGUGGGGGAUCGGCGAAGUCGUCCACGACAGCCGCGUCUGGCCUCAUGCCGAGCUCGAAUGGUGGGAUGACCUUGCGUCUUGCCUACUACUACUUAAGUACUACCUUCGACGCUCGACACUAAGCAUAAAUUUCCUGGAACCUUCUCUACCCCUUUCCCGGCUCUCUCUUCCCUUUACCUCUCUCCUCUCUUCCCUCUAUCACCACCGCCUCCCUCUCUCUCUCGCGCGCUAUAGACCACUGACGAAAUCUUCCCACCAUGGCCACCGCCGACAGCAAUGCCCCGCCACACCGCCCAUCCCGUGCCGCCACGGUCCUGUCGGCUACCGAGUUAAUCGGCACCACACCACUCGUGCGUCUUAACAAGAUCCCCCAGUCAUUUGGCAUCAAGGCCCAGGUCUACGGCAAAGUAGAGCUCUUCAAUGCCGGCGGCUCCGUGAAAGACCGCAUCGCUCUGCGCAUGAUCGAGGAAGCCGAGCGCAGCGGCCGCAUCAAGCCCGGCGACACCCUGAUCGAACCGACGAGCGGAAAUACCGGCAUCGGCCUGGCCUUGGUUGGGGCCAUCAAGGGGUACAAGACGAUCAUUACCCUCCCCGAGAAGAUGUCCGCCGAGAAGGUUUCGGUGCUGAAGGCCCUCGGCGCCACCAUCAUCCGUACCCCCACCCAGGCUGCUUGGGACAGUCCCGAGAGCCACAUCGGCGUUGCGAGGAGGCUGGUCAAGGAGAUCCCUAACGCGCAUAUCCUGGACCAGUAUUCCAACGAGAACAACCCGCUCGCGCACGAGUUCGGCACUGCCGAAGAGAUCUGGGAGCAGACCGACGGCAAGAUCACAUGUAUAGUAGCGGGUGCGGGGACGGGCGGUACGAUUACGGGCCUGGCCAAGGGAUUGAAGAAGCACAAUAAAGAUAUCAAGGUUGUCGCCGCUGACCCUCACGGGAGCAUCCUGGCCCUGCCGGAGUCGCUGAACGACGAACACCGCGACGAGCCGUACAAGGUGGAGGGAAUUGGCUACGAUUUCAUCCCGGACGUGCUCGAUCGGGAGCUAGUAGAUAAGUGGUACAAGACGGACGACCAAGAAUCCUUCAAGCUCGCGCGGCGAUUGAUCGCCGAGGAAGGGCUCCUUGUCGGCGGAAGUUCGGGAAGCGCUCUGAGCGCCUCGUUUAAGGCCAUCAAGGACUUAGGGCUCGGCAAGGACGACGUUGUGGUCGCGAUCCUGCCCGAUAGCAUUCGAAGCUAUCUUUCCAAAUUUGCGGAUGACGAUUGGCUCGCCGCGAAUGAUUUGCUGCCAGCUCCUGAUGCAGCCGCAGAGGCGUCGCGUGCCGACAAAGGCCCCGUAAAGCCGGAAGACCCUUUCGCGGGAGCGACCAUCAGUUCUCUAAGGCUGAAGCCUGUAAUCUCCGUCACCGCCACGAGCCCCUGCUCCGAGGCGAUCGAGACGAUGCGGGACAAGGGCUUCGACCAGCUCCCGGUUCUGGCCGGCGCCGGCGGCAAGCUUGUAGGUCUGGUUACGCUGGGCAAUCUGCUCAGCUACCUGUCUCGUGGGCGGGCCAGCGGGCAGAGCCCAGUCAAGGAUGUCAUGUUCGACUUCGGCAAGCUGGACGAGGUGGUAACCGAUCCCCGGGACGGGAAGGGGAGCAACCGCCGCAAGUUCGUUGAGAUCACUCUGGACACGCCUAUCACGGAGCUGAGCAAAUUCUUCGAAUGGAACAGCGCUGCUGUCGUCACCGAGCCGAGCCACGGCAAGGGGCAGAAGGUGCUUAGCAAGCCGGUAGCAGUAGUCACUAAGGUUGACCUGCUAACCUGGAUGGUAAAGCAAGUGAAGGCGUGAGUAUGGUGGGGCAGGUUCGGGGAAGAUAGAGAGCGGCGGACUGUUCCCUUUUCGCUUGAUAGCAUGUCUACGAAGGCUGGUGGGUCCGCAUGGCGCUACGGUAGGAUUGCAUUGCCCGGGGGAGGGUUGGUUUCAUAGGAGGGAUUCAAUCGACCCGUCUAGAUAGGCUUGGGAAGAUAGAGGAUACACAAGACGGACAGACUUAACGUCUACGUUAGUUAAUAGAUGCACGAAACAUAUCCAACAUGGGCAUUCGCGUAGUGACGCAAGCGCUCUCCCAGGAAUCUGAUCAUGAAAGAUCACAAGAAUAUAUCUUGGUGAUUUCCGAUGUCGUCUCCCGAUUCUAUUCCUUGCAGGCUGUGAAGGCCGUCUCAAGUAAUUAUUUUUGGUAGAGAAUUGCUUCGCUUUUCCCUCG